GGCGUGGGGGGACCCAGGGGGGCAGUUAGCACCUAUAGAGUAAGAGAGAAAGAAUGUUACUCUCUGCUAGUCAUCCUUUAGCUGCCUGGGAGAAAGAGAGACGACAGGAGAGCUCUGCCUCAUAGCCCUGGCCCUGCCGAUGGCAGCCUCUACGCCAGAGUGAGGAAGAGAGUAGUGACAAAGGAGGUGAUGUUUCCCCUGACAAGCAGCGGCCCUAUCCCCAGUGACCUCGCCCUGUCAGCCAACAGCGAUUCAGGCCUCUCUAUUGCCUCCCAUUGGACAGGGGUUAUUACUGCAGUGAGCCCCGGGAGAGGGCCCAGUGAGGACGAAGGUAACCAGCAAAGGAGGCUUCUAUCUGGGGUUGGGCUGGAGAAGGCUCAGCCUCCUCUGGAAAACAUGACAAAGCUCCCAGACUCCAGUAAUGGAGAGGGGAAGUUGGACGGGGACAAGGAAGGCUUAGGGCAGCCUGUCAAUGGGGAGGCCUUGCCCAGCGAGAGGGAGAUAGACAUCCUGGAUGAUGACGAGGUUAUCCCUGAGGCUAGCCCCACCUUGGACAGGCAUAGCUCGGCUAGCAUUGGCUCAUUGUCCUCUGAGAGCCUGCCUGAAGCCCAGCAACUGGUCCAGAGUGGAAGUGGAUACUCCACACCAUCCACCCACAACACCCAAUCAUGGGUGCAGCAGCAGCAGAUGGUCGACGCCCCAGAGGGGGAGGAACAAACAGACAGGGGGUGGGACAGCCCUGUGGAUACACCUCAUCUGAUUGGUCCAGACACCCUGUCAGUUCCAGACAUGCCCAAUACGGGGACCAGCAGAAGAGAGGCGGUGCAGAGACGAGUGGAGGAAGGGGUAGGGGUUGAGAGGUUGCCUGUGCAGAUGGACAGUGACAAACAUUCCACACACACCACAUAUGCCACACACACCACACAUGUCCAACACACUACACAUGCCACACACCACACACACACACCCUCACCCUCAGGGGAACCCUGUGGGCAGGAGGAGCUUGCCUCGUUAGCAACAGACAUGGAUGAGUCCAUCGAUCAGCUCAACCAGUUGAUCCUAGACCUGGACCCCACCUUCAUACCAGUCCCCACCCGACAUCCCGCCCUCCCCCUGUCCCGCUCCGCCUCCCUCCACACCAAUGGGAUAAGUCAAACGACAACCGAAGCCAACACCAGCCAAUCAGGCUGGAAGCACAGACAGGCCAGUGAUGUCACAGAUUCCCCAUGGUUCCAUAGUCCAGGUUGGAGCGGAGCCCAGACGUUCCAAAACUCUCUGAUCUUCAGGCCCAACCUCUUUCCCUCCCAGCGUGGCCGUCUCUACAGGAUGGACAGUGUGGACUAUAAAGGACAGACUCCAGUGACGGGGAGCUGUGACAUAGUCCCACCCACACCAGCAUUUCCUGUUUCUCCUCCAACGCCCUAUGUGAAAAGUUUUCCAGCCAUCUCUUACCUGAGGCAUAGCAAGGGACAGUGGGAGAUGAGCAGAACAUCACAAGAUUCCCGAAGUUUCCUGGACAGUAGUAUGAACCAAACUCCAGCCUCGUCGAAUGGAGAGCUUUUCUGCUCGGAAGUGUCCUUCACUCCCGCCACCUGUCAGAGAAUGUUCGGAUCCAUGCACUCUGUAUCGUCAAGGAGCACCCUCCCACACACAAACAGCCAAACCCCACCUCCAGUGUGGCUGGACAGGACUCCUAUGUCCCUGUCCUCCCCAUUCCUCCCCCCUUCCUCUUCCUCUCUUUCUCCCCUCAGCCUCCUCAAUGCGCACAGAUCUCCCCUGGGGGCACAGAGGGACCUGGAGGGGUCUGGGGGCCAGAGCCGGGGUGAGAGGAACCAGGGUGCCCAAAGCCAGGGGGAUUUAGUCUCUCUGCUGCUGGGGAAUGGACAUCUUGGUCUGGAGGACAGCCUGUUGGAAGCUGUGGAGGGGCUGGGGGCCCUGGAUCUAGGCCUGGGGCUUGGAGAGGGUGGACUGACAGGACUGACACCCGUGCUGCCUGAGAAGAGGGUACCACGGCUGGCUGGGUCCCGGUCCCCCUCUCUCAGUGGAUUAUCCAGCCCCCACAGUGGUAGUAGUCUCAGCAUCCCCUUCCCCUCAGCCAUGACCCCAGCCCCUUUCAGAGGACUCAGCCCUGGUGUUGGUGGAGCCCCUUUGCCUGGAUCAGACCCGUUUUCCAGUAAGCAGGACAGUGUGAAGUUUGUUCAGGACACGUCCAAAUUCUGGUACAAGCCUGACAUCUCCAGAGAUCAAGCCAUCGGUGUGCUGAAGGACAGAGAACCAGGAUCCUUCAUCGUCAGGGACAGUCACUCAUUCCAAGGAGCCUACGGAUUGGCUAUGAAGGUGGCCACACCCCCUCCCUCUGUCCUGACACAGAGCAAGAAAGUGGGUGGCGACCUAUCCAAUGAGCUGGUGAGGCACUUCCUGAUUGAGUGCACACAGAAAGGGGUGCAGCUUAAGGGCUGUCCCAAUGAACCCUACUUUGGAAGUCUGACUGCGUUGGUCUGUCAACAUUCCAUUACCCCCUUGGCCCUGCCCUGCAAACUCAUCAUCCCCGAAAGAGACCCUCUAGAAGAGACAAGUGAUCCAUCAACACAGUCCGUAACCAACUCUGCUGCUGAGCUACUCAAACAGGGAGCAGCUUGCAAUGUGUGGUUCCUGGGCUCAGUAGAGCUGGAGUCUUUGACAGGGUACCAGGCUGUGCAAAAGACAGCCAGUCUGACUCUGGCCAUGGACCCUCCUCCAACCUCCACUGUGGUUAAUUUCAAAGUCUCAGCACAGGGCAUCACUCUCACCGACAAUCAGAGGAAGCUGUUCUUCAGGAGACACUACACCGUCAAUAUCGUCAUAUUCUGUGCCCUUGACCCACAGGACCGCAAGUGGACAAGAGAUGGCUGCUCCUCUGCUAAGAUCUUUGGUUUUGUGGCGAGGAAGUCGAUGAGUGGGACGGAGAAUGUGUGUCACCUGUUUGCUGAACACGACCCCGAACAACCUGCCAGUGCCAUCGUCAACUUCGUUUCCAAGGUGAUGAUUGGAUCACUGAAGAAAUAAGACUUGUAUAUACACACACACACACACACACACACCACACACACACACACACACACACACACACACACACACACACACACACACACACACACACACACACACACACACACACACACACACACACACACACACACACACACACACACACACACACACACACAGAGAGAGAGAGAGUUUGUCCUGCUGGUACAUACUGCACUUAAAUGCUGACGUAGAGAAGACUAAUGUGUUGCAUUAUGGCAAACUACCAGCAGAGGGCAGCACAGUAGCAACAUCUUUACCCUGCCACCAGGGGUGUAGGGUGACAUUUCCCCUAGACGCUGAUCUUGAGUCAGUUUUUGCAUUUCCCCCACUUAUGGUUAAGAUUAGGUGAGGGGAAAUCUGAACUGAUCAUAGGUCUGUUCCUAAAGGAAACUUGACCCUGAAGUGCAUCGAGGACUUAACCUUCUCAAGAAAACCAAUGCUUAUAUUAAUGAAGUCUGCUUAUCAGAGGAGGCUGAUGGGCAGAGAUCAUUGUAAUGGCUGGAAUGUACGGUAUCAAACACAUGGUUACAAUGGUCCAGCCCUCCUAUAUUGACGCCCACCAGCCACCACUGAUAUAUAUCUAUAUGAUCUGGAUGUCAUUGUAAAGGGAGGGAAUCUGUCAUGUACGUUAGUAUUUUUAGGACAUUUUUUCAAGAACUUUAUUUGUUUAACUGUAAUCUAUAUGAUAUUACCCUAUAAUCUCACGGCAUUACUAGUCUGGCUUUACCUGCCAUGCCGAGUAAAAGGCUUUCAACAAUGAAAAGGGUCACUUUCAAUCACUUCAGCCAAUCCUUUUUAACUCAUAUCAUCAGUGAAACAUAGGAUACUCUACAAUCCAGUGCUUGACUUGGGCCGGAACACACCAAUAUAAACUGUACCGGCACCCAAAAUGAGUACCGACACCCAAAAGGAUUUCAGUCAAGCACUGCUACAAUCGACUGGGUUUGUUUAGCAUCAACUUAAUAGUUAAGCCCCACCAUGGAGUAGCACCAUAUCAUAGAGUUUAAGAUUAAAGCUAGAGCACUGAUGUCUUAGACAAAUCAGACCACACUGAUCAGUUCAAAUUAGCGAGUGACCAUUCUAUUGUAUAUGACAACAGAGUAUCGUCUGCUAUUUUUUAUUCAUCUCCUGACAAUACUACAUGUUGAAUCGUCUCCGUUCGUCGACACCCAGCAGGUAUCUUCUGCGUACAGCCCACGUUUGUUAUAUUAGACUAAAGCCUAUAUCUGGUGUCCCUUUCAACAGAUAUUAACAGAUUUUAAAAGAUGUGGUUUUAUACAUUGGCUGAAAUAUUUAUAAUUGAUGUGCAUAUGUUUUUAUAACUACUUAUGUCUUUGAUAACAUAAUUGUCUGUAUAUUUAACAUUAUACAUUAUUUUUGAAAGAUGAAUAACUCUGAGGAGAUAUGAAACAUAUUGUUGUAAGGAAUGUUGUUGUAAGGAAUACUAUGAUUACUGUCUUGUUCUUGACAAUGGCAUGGUGUAGCACUGGUAACUGUGUGAGGAAAUUUGGGUCCCAAAUGGCAUAUGUAGUGCACUGAAGUAGUGCUGGUCUGGUCAAAAGUAGUGCACUAUAUUGGAAAUAAGCUCCCAUUUGGGAUGUACCCGAAGUCUCUUCCUUGUCACAUUGUUGGAGAGUUGAUGGGCUUAGGGAACUGUUUUCCAUACUCACAUGUUUCUGUGAUCCAUGUCUCCUACUUCUGUGUUUUCCUGAGUUUUCUAGCCCAAGAGCAUAACUUGAGUACUCUAUUGCACAUGAAGUUGGUGGCACCUUUUAAUUGGGGAGGACAGGCUACUGGUAAUGGCUGGAGUGGAAUUGUAUCAAAUACAUCAAACACAUGGUUUCCAUGUGUUUGAUGCCAUUCUGUUUACUUCAUUUCAGCCAUUACUGCCAGGCUGUCCUCCCCUCAGCAGCCUCCACUGCUCUAUUGUAAGAAUUUGGAAAUUCAUGUUACUUCACUCACACAUGGAAAAUAGAAUCUGAUGAAUCUACAUAAAUAAACCACCUCCACCCUGUG